AUGGCCGUUAAAGACCUGAAGGUUUGUGACGACGAAGAGUGCUCGAAAGGAUCCCACGAAACAUGCCCGUUGAAAUCUGAAAACGUUUGCGAAAUAAAAAAGCUUACAUUCAAACAACGAUUGAAAUUAAUAAAAGAUAACACAACCGUGGAGCCUAUAAUGGCUUGUUACGUGAUGCCCAGUGUUCUGGCCUCACUGGCGGUCCAGAAUCUGAGCUUAGACAAGGCUUGUAGAGUAAACCUUAAUUACUCAGACGAGGUCUGCUCGGCUUUAACAUUACGACAAACGGAAAACUACACGGAGGCGGAAGAAAACGUACAAAGACUGAUAGCUAGUGUCCAAGUUUGGAAAAACGUUGUGCAAACGGCUAUACCAGUAUGUGUGAUAUUAUUCGUCGGGGCAUGGAGCGACAAGACUGGUAAAAGAAAAGCGUGCAUUUUGCUGCCGAUAGUUGGUGAAUUUUUAUCUUGUUUGGGUUUCAUCGUAAACACAUAUUUCUUUUAUGAAUUACCUGUUGAAGUGACGGCGUUUACUGAAUCUAUUUUCCCGGCGAUCACUGGGGGAUGGUUCACGAAUUUCAUUGGUGCCUUUAGCUAUGUAGGUGAUAUAACUACAGUGGAGAACCGAACUUACAGAGUCGGUUUGGUCAACAUGUUUAUGUCUCUUGGUUAUCCGAUCGGCAGUGCUUUAAGUGGGAUUCUAUUGAAUUUGAUUGGCUACUACGGCGUUUUUACGUUGUCAGUAAUGCUUUACUUGUUCAGUCUGGUCUAUGGCUACUACUAUUUGGAAGAACCGAAUAAAGUUGUCGAAGAGAAAGAGAGCAAAAAGUCUGGUUGCGGAAGUUUCUUAAGAGAAUUCUUUGACGUCCGGCUAGUUUUGGAGACUUUUAAGGUGGCAUUUAAGAAGGGGCCAGGAAAUCGACGAUUGCGUGUGGCUUUACUGCUAAUAGUGGUCUGUGUCGUAUUUGGACCAAUGCAUGGUGAGUUCACCGUGAUGUAUCUGUUCGCGAGAUAUAGAUUCAAUUGGAAUGAAAUUCAAUUCAGUUUUUGGUCUACAUACGCUAUGCUAACUAAUUUAAUAGGUACACUGUUCUCGAUGAGUCUCUUUAGCAAUUACCUGAAAGUAGAUGACACAAUACUAGGAAUAAUAUCCAUUAUCAGCAAAAUCAUGGGAGCUUUCGUAUACGCUUUCGCCAGGAACAACUUGGAGAUAUAUAUCGCUCCGUUGAUGGAAAUUUUAAAUGGAACAUCAUUCAUAGCGAUGCGAUCGAUCGCAACGAAACUGGUGAGCGGGGAGGAAUUUGGCAAGGUGAAUUCUCUGUUCGGUCUGGCGGAGGCGAUGAUGCCGCUGGUGUACGGACCUCUCUACUCCCGCGUCUACAUGGCGACGCUCAACGUGCUGCCAGGUGCUGUCUUCCUGCUCGGAGCCAGUUUGACUUUACCUGCUAUUUUCAUAUUUGGGUGGUUGUAUUUUGAACAUAAAAAAGACGCAAAGAGGAAAGUAAACACAACAUGUGAUUUGGAAAAAUAA